AUGCCUAAGUCGAAACAACGGAGAAACCAAGAACCGGAUCUCGAAGAGCAGAAUUCUAAACGACUGAAACCCGACGAAGGCACAAAAAAGAAUAGCGCUGAAAACCGGGUAGGUUUCAUUAUUCAUCAAAUGGAAACUUUUGAAACUUUCUCGGUUGCUUUAGCUCUGGCAUAAGUUGAGAUCAAAAAGGCAAUUUUCAGGUCGAAGAGCUGAGCCCUGGAAAAAUUGGUACUGUGGAGGAAAAUGAUAUCGGAAUGUUUGGCGAAAAUGCCAGUUUGCUUGGAACGGACACGGGAAACACUCUCAUAUCCGCAAAUGACGGUUUGAAAUCUGAUUAUUGAUUAAGUAUUUUAAAAGUUCAAAAUUUUUUGAUAAAGCUCAAGACCCAAAUUGAAAGACGCACCUAAGCCUCGUGACGUGAUGCUGCAAAAGUUAGCGUUACGGCCAAACAUCGAGACAUAAAGUACCUUGGAAUGACCCGACGUUUCCAGCUUGUUUGAUUUUCAGAAAAAAAAGGUGUAAUAAUUUGAUUCAUCUUGUCGAGACACGUACGAAAAAGCAACAAUAAAUGGGGUCUAGUAUUGAUUAACAACUUUAUGGUGUGCAACAAACCCAAAAAUUUCCAAAACGCUCAGAAAUUCGAUAAUAGUUGAAUUGAAUUGAAAAAUAUUAAAUUUUGUUCUGUUCAUGGCGUAAUAUUAACACACGUUCUCCGAGAAAAGCGAUGAACCGUUAGUACAAGAAUUUCAUGUUUUGUUUUGAGAGUUGAAUUUAUUAUCACAGUUACUAGACAUAAAGUGUAAACUUUGAGGCUACUUACUGUAAGGCUCCGCCCCCUCAUUGGGUUACGGAAGGCCUUUUAGUGAAAUUUUCUAACUUUUUUCCUAGUAGACGGAUCGACUCUUAACUUUUUUUGUAAAACACACAUAACGGUAUUUCAAAGCAUUUUCAUUAAAAAACUAAAAGAAAAAAAAAAUUUUUUGACAUUGAAAACAUUUUUUUCUUUCGAAAAUCUUUGAUUUUUUCCUUUUUUUGGGCAUUUUCGGGGGUUGGGACCCCAAAUGUAGUAAAAUUUUAUUUCAUAAAUCGAAGCGCCAGGCCUUUCUUAGUCAGAAAAAAAGGAGCACAUGUUCAAGUUUUGUGGGACGCAGUUGGUCGUCUGCUCGCCGAAGAGGACCAACUCGGUUGACCAAUUUUUCGAAAAUUUCUAACUUUCUCGGAAAACAAUACCAUGGCUUUUUUUGUAUUAUUCUGCUAGAAAACAGAGUUCUUUAAAGUUUUAGCACUUUGGAAGUAUAUUAUUCACUCUAAUUUUUUUUAUUUUUGGAUUUUUCAUGUUUUUCAUUUUUUGGCUGUUUUUUCUUUUAUUUCAUUUUCCCACUCAGUGAGCUGAUAUGUACCAUCUUUUUUUAUACAUUUUUCGAAAAAAAUAGACGAUGUUUAAAGUUACAUUCAACUGCUUUGGAGUUUUUUUCUUCAGGGGACCCAGUUGGCCAAAAAAAGCGCCUGAAGUUGACCGGCUCAAAAAAAUGAAAAAUUUCAGAUCGCAGCGAAAUCUGCUAAAAAAAUUCAUGUAGUCAGUUCAUAUACAUAAAAUUUUGAGCUUUGCGAGUUUUUUCAGGUUUCAAAUUUAUUUUUCUCAAAGAAAAAGCUCAUUUUUCUUUGGUUUUCCAUCAAAAAACUUUUUUUUGGUUUUUUCGUGGUUUCUCGGAAUUUGUGAAAUCAGAAAGCUUUCAGUUGAACCGAUCCUUCACUGAUGUUCUUUUUCACUACUUAGAUGAUCUAACGGGAGUUUACAAAUCUUUUUGGUCUAUCCUGAGCCCUUCUAAAGUACAUCUUCGAACAUUUUUCUGUGAGGACCCUUUGAACUUUGACCAAGAAUGGCUCUUGAAACAUUCUUGCCCUACUCCGGCUAGUCACGUUAGGAAGUUGAACAUUCCGACGAUCAACUGCUUAUCCCAGGGACAUCGAAGUCGAAAAUCUCCGUAAGACUCAUAAUUUUGGUAGCUCUAGUUUUUUUUCUCUUCAAUUUUCCGUUUGCUAGGAAAAAAGUUAGAAAAUUUCACUAAAAGACCUACCGUAACCCCAUGAGGGGGCUGAGCCUCACAGUAAGUAGCCUAAAAAUUUACACAGUAUGUCUAGUAACUGUGAUAAUAAAUUCAACUCUCAAAACAAAACAUGAAAUUCUUGUACCAACGCUUCACUGCAGUUCAUCGACUUUCUCAGAGAACGUGUGUUAAGUUGUCAAGAAACGGAUUUCGUUUUUUGAUGAUUCAACUUUGACGGGGAGUUUAGGACGAAAAUUAUUUUUUGAUACUGGAAUGUCAUAUAUAAUUUUAAAGCUCAAUGUCUGUUUUUCAAAAUGUACACAAAAGAUUUUUUCAAAAAAAAGUCGAGUGAAUUUUUUUCGCCGCUUAAAAUUCGCAUAAAAAGUUGCAACUUUGCAUUAUUUCUUUGUUCGAGCUUAGACAAAAUGGAAAAGCUAUUGAGACGGCUCUUUAUGCUUAAAAUGUGUGCAACAAAUUUUGAACUAAUAAAAAAUUAAUCAACUAGUCGUCGUAAGAAUUCCGAUCAGAAGAUAUAAAACCGCGAAAGAGCCUGACUAUUUUUCAAAACAUCUCACUUUCGUUAACUAUUUCGAAGUUUUGGUGAUUGCACCUCUGAGAAUACCUAUUUAUUAAACAUCUACAAGGCUUGUAGAAAUCAAAAAAAAAACUCAUCUCAUACUAUCAUACGGCUCUCCUCGCCUAAAUGAAGUAUACCAGAAAUUCUCAGCUCCAGAUAUCAUGAUGGAAAUCGACGACGACAUGGACGAUGCCGCAGUCGACCGUUACGCGCCCGACGGAAUCUUGCGUCUGGACAUCGACGGUUUCUCCGAGUUCCUGAACGCCCCGCCGGAGAACUGCCAGCGACUUUCGAAGCCACAAUACGUCCGCGGACUGCCUUGGAAGAUCUUGGCGAUGCCCAGGUUCUUUACCGUCCCUUCUCCGCCAAUGCAAGCGAAACUCGACUUGUAAUUUGCAACUAUAUUUUUUCUAGAGCUCUCCAAAACGCGCGCAACACCUUCCCGAAGCAAGAAAAGGCUCUCGGGUUCUUCCUGCAGUGCAACGGCGACGCCGACACCAACAACUUGAGCUAUGUUGCUAAUGCUACGCUUCGGGUACUCAUUUUCUUGAAAAUUACCUCAUUUCCUAGUUUGAAGUCAGAAAACUCAUAGUUAUGUCAAUUUCAUACCGGUAAAGUUUCGCUUCAAAAGGUCCUCUUCUGAGGAACAACUCUGUUCCGGUAUCACAUGGGUUUUAGUAGAUCUAAAUUAGAUUCCUAUCCAGGCCCAUAAGACCCCAAAUAUUCAACUCGAUUUGCAUUAAAGAAUUCUUGUGUUCCUCUAAAAAAUCUAUGAUUUUGCUUUCAGGUCAUCAAUCAGCACGGCGGCGAAGACCAUGUCCGCAAAAUCACCCAUCCAUUCAACUAUAAAGAGAAUGACUGGGGAUACUCGUCCUUCUUGACAUUUGCGGUGAUUUAUAUCCAAUCCUCUCUGAAAUGAUUCCCUGAUUUCAGCAACUUUCAAACCCUGACUUGGGUUACAUCAAGGACGACACAAUCAAACUCGAGAUCCACGUUUCGGCCGAUGCUCCUCAUGGAGUUCAAUGGGACAGCAAGAAGCACGCAGGAUUUAUUGGUCUGAAGAACCAGGGAGCGACUUGCUACAUGAAUUCGAUUCUCCAAGCUUUAUAUUUCACCGCAGCUCUUCGCAAAGUUCGUUGACCUCAAAGAGAAUAACUUCAGUUUCACCUUGAUGCGUUUAGGCGGUAUUCGAGAUGCCGGUGACUGACGAACCCAUUGAUCAGAACGUGGGACUUGCAAUGCAACGGGUCUUUUAUGAAUUAUUGGUUAGUUGGGAAAAAGAUUUUCCUCUCUAUUGAUACGUCUUUUUCAGCACUCUGACAGGCCAGUUGGUACCAAAAAACUGACGGAAUCUUUUGGAUGGGAUACUGUGGAGACUUUCAUGCAGCACGAUGUGCAGGAACUUUGCCGAGUGCUGCUUGACAACCUGGAAAGCAAAAUGAAGGGAACUUCGGUUGGUGAAGAGAAAAUGAUAAAUCAGUUGAUUUAG